AUGAAGAUGUUGAGGUGGGCGGCAGGAGUAACAAGACUCGAUAAAGUGAAAAAUGAAUACAUCAGAGGUAGUUACAAAGUUGCACCCAUCACAAACAAAGUCACGGAAAGUAGGCUUCGCUGGUAUGGCCACGUGAUGAGACGCCCCGAAGACCACGUAGUCCGGCAAGCCCUGGCAUUGCCGAACAGGGAAGCGAGCAGACGAGGAAGACCUAAAGCUAUGUGGUGGUCUACAGUGACCCGCGACUUGGAACGAGCCCAACUUACCCCAAAGACAACUCAGGACAGACGGUCCUGGCGCAUGAGAACGAGGAGAGCCGACCCCAAAUAA